UGGGUUCUUCAGUCACUGGGUGGCUGGGAAAAGGAGCUUGACUACUGCCAGAAGCUGCUUGAAGAUGACGUUUUUAAUAAUUCAGCUUGGAAUCAGAGAUACUUUGUCAUCACAAGAUCUCCACUUCUUGGGGGCCUGCAAGCAAUGCGAGACUCUGAAUUAAGUUACACAAUUGAAGCCAUCCUAGCUAACCCUCAGAAUGAGAGCCCUUGGAGGUACCUCCGAGGUUUGUACAGGGGUGAUACCGACCUGUUGGUAAGUGACAACCAGUCUGAGGUAUGCCUGAAGGUCUUGAAGACCGAUCACAACUGCAUAUUUGCCCUGAGCCUGCUCUUGGAUCUUCUUUGUUAUGGUUUCCAACCUUCUGAUGAACUCAAAGGGGUGAUUGAGGCUUUGAGGAAAACUGAACCAUCCUCUACAGAUGACAAGUUAGCAAGCACUAUCUGCUUCAUCUUAGAGAUUGUAGAUCCGAUGCGGUCAAACUACUGGGCAUGGCGCAGAAGCAAUCUUCCUUCCCAGGCUUUUUGAAGUAGCCUACUACAAUUUUGGUAUCUGUAUGAAAUUUGUGAGAUAUUCAUGUAAGAUACUAAUGUUCAAUCUUAUAUAUAUAUAUAUAUAUAUAUGU